UGUCGUUGAAUGCAAUAAUUAUUCAUUGAUUAAAAUACCUUUAUCGAUAAACAAAAUGUUCACAAUGCCAAUAUUGCUCGCCACAGACAAUCAACCCCAGGAUAGAUUCGUUUAAAUGCAUGGGUUCUAAAAUGUCAAUGUGAUAUGCGCAAGCACGGAACGUUGCCUUCUUUAGAACUUCACGAAAAUGACACAAUCUUCCAAAAUUUCUUUUCCUCGGAUAUUUAAAUUUACCUACAUGUAUUGUUUUAUCAAGAGAAUGGAAUAUCCAUGACUACAGAGUUAUAAGUUUGAAUUUUUAAUGUAUUUUGUUUUCAUUUUGCGACAUGCCAGAGUUUUCCUUGCUUGUACAUGUAGUUUUUCACCUGGGAAAUUUUCUAAUAAUUGCAGAAAGUUUAUGUACACUACCAGAUGAACUAGAAGGGGUAUGGUACAGUGCCCAGAAAGGACCACUGACGAUCAACUCAACACACAUACAAGGAUAUCCUAUAUACAUGUCUGUCAGCGUCAGGUCUCUCGAUUUUGAAUGUAUUGAACAGAGUGAUAGAAAAUAUAUGUUCAAAUCUACCGAGACUGUCAUUAUUUUUGGUGGACCUGUUCACAGCUUCAUUUGCUUAGAGUUUUGGAGAAUAUCUGCUACAAAGUACUACUACUUUCACAAGACAGCCAUUAGUGGAACCAAUAAUGAUCACAAUAUAGGAAAAUUUAAUGGAUUAACUGCAACGUUGGAAGAGACUUGCAGCGAGUCAUAUAGCAGCACGUCUUUCGUUACUUUAGUAAAAGAUGGUUCCAUAGAGAAUGGAUCAUCGGAAGCUACCUGUGCUACAGACCUUCUGGAUAAGUUCUCAUUGGUCACUAUUAGCGAAUACAACGACGCUUCCAGUUGUGUGAACAAUACAAUGGACGGAUGCUCUGAUAAAACCAAAUUGUCCUUCACUUACCAUUCUUCUUGUACGGCUAACCAUAAAUUCUCUGCAGGGGGAUUUUGGACGUGUUUAAGAAGCAUAACCAGCAAUGGAUAUACCUAUGUGUCACUCUGGAACAAUGACACUACUGUGACAUCUACGUACACCUACUCCUAUAACUUUGACAGUGGACGCACAUACAAAUUUGCUUGCCUUGUUGUAAAAGGAACAUCUGCGACAUUAUUUCCAAAAAUUUGUUCCGAUUCUACCCAAACACCUACUUCUGUUGGAACCCAUGGACUGAAGCUCACGUUUUCUGGUCCCGAUUCGACCUGUCAUACCAAGGCGGAGGACGAAUCUGAUAUUGUGUACUACGUCAUUAUUAUACUGGGUUCCUUAUUUAUCAUAUCUUUAAUCAUUUUAUUAAUAAUAUUACGCAAGAAAGGAAGAAAGUGUAAACGAACGAUAACUAAGUCAAAUGUCAUUGGAUCACAUGACAUUACCAUGUCUAAACCGCCAGAGAAAAUAAAACCAUUGUAUUUAAAUGAACCCCCUCUUCGGCGAGAAAAGACUGAUGUUAUAAGUAUUUUGGAAUUCAACACGAAUGAACCUCCUCCGCGAGAAAAGACCGAUGUUGAACCUCCUACGCGAGAAAAGACCGAUGUUGAACCUCCUACGCGAGAAAAGACCGAUGUUACAAGUAUCGUGGAAUUCAACACGGAAGAGGGUUUUGAUGCUUUGUAACUGUGUUCUGGCUCUCGUCAUUGCAAUGGAUUGCCUGUGCUUCCAUGCUUGAAGAACAGACAUAAGACUAAAUUAAAAAAAAAAAGUGCGUUACCUAGUUGUGCCAAGAGCAGUGCUUGCUUGCCUUGAUUUUGUUCAUUAAUGUGGU